GCGCCGCGGCCCCGCCCCCCGUCGCGCUCCUCUGGCUCUCUGGGACAGGCGUCUCCUCAGAGCUGUGGCCCUGCCGGUCGCGCAGAGCCUUGCUUGGCGCCCCCUCUAGUCCUCAGCAGCCCGGCCGCCGGGCCAUGGCGGGGAGCCGGCAGCACGCAGCGGCCGUGCAAGCUCGCGGCGCGCUCACGCUGCUGGCGCUGGUCCUGUGUGCGCCCGGGGUGGGCGGCCGGGCGCUCGAGUGGUACUCGGCCGUGGUGGGCAUCAAGUACAUGGACCCGCAGUCCAACCGGACGGUGUGGAGCGAGUCGGAGAGCGGCCGCUUCGGCGAUAGCUCGCCUAAGGAGGACACGCAGGGCCUGGUGGGCGUCCCGCACGCGCCCGCGGACGUGGAGGGCUGCGCGCCCGACACGCGCUUCUUCGUGCCGGGCGGCCGGGGCGCGGCGCCCUGGGUCGCGCUGGUGGCGCGCGGCCGCUGCACCUUCAAGGACAAGGUGCUGGCGGCGGCGCGAAGGAACGCUUCGGCCGUGGUGGUGUACAACGAGGAGCACUAUGGCAACGCCACCGAGCCCAUGUCCCACGCGGGAACAGGAAACAUAGUCGUCAUUAUGAUUAGCUACUCAAAAGGAAGAGAAAUUUUCAAUCUGGUGGAAAAAGGAAUUCCAGUACAAAUGACCAUAGGGAUUGGCACCCGUCAUAUGCAGGAGUUCAUCAGCGGUCAGUCUGUGGUGUUUGUGGCCAUUGCCUUCAUCACAAUGAUGAUUAUCUCAUUAGCCUGGCUAAUAUUUUAUUAUAUACAGCGUUUCCUAUAUACUGGCUCACAGUUUGGAAGUCAGAAUCAUAGAAAGGAAACUAAGAAAAUUAUUGGCCAGCUUCCUCUGCAUACUGUAAAGUCUGGAGAAAAGGGAAUUGAUGUUGAUGCUGAGAACUGUGCAGUGUGUAUUGAAAAUUUUAAAGUAAAGGAUGUUAUCAGAAUCCUGCCAUGCAAGCAUAUUUUUCAUAGAAUAUGCAUUGACCCAUGGCUUUUGGAUCACCGAACGUGUCCAAUGUGUAAACUUGAUGUCAUCAAAGCCCUGGGAUAUUGGGGGGAUCCUGAGGAUACACAGGAGCUGUCUACACCAGAAGCUACCCCAGGAAGUGUUUCUGCUGGGAAUCUGAGUAUGACUUCCCAGGAAGAGGACAGAAGUGCUGAAAGCAACCUGCCAUCAUCAUCCACGAGUGAAUCUGGGCCUCGCUGCCCUAGCAGGUUUAAGGAAGAUGCAGGGGAAGACACAGCAUUGCUAGGAGCGGGGAGGAGUGACCCUCAGCAUGGAGGACCCAUCUGCUAGCGCAUAUCUCACUGACAGCGUCACCAACAGCCUUGGCUUGAACUAAAGGAUACUUUAUUUUUUUACAUUAGAACAUAGUUUGUAUACUUGAAACCAUUAUUUUACCUUUCAGAUUUGAUAUACAAAGGGCUGAGAUAUUUUAUCCUAAAAAACUUUUUAAAUUAGCCUUCAUCUAUCUACUAAAAUGUGGUGUUUAUGAUAAACUGUGUUGGUUCAGAUUGUCCAAAAGACAAUGUCUAGGGAAAGCACUCUAGUGUGGAAGAUGGUGGUAUUUCUAAAGACUAGCUUCUAUGGUACUAUAAAAACAAGAUUCUGUUUCUCAGGCUUCUGAGACAAAGUACACUAAGUUAAAGUAGAAUUGUAUAAUGUGACAUAGUAAAUUGAUUGCAUGGACUUUGCCUGAAGCAGAGACUCUAGAACUUCAAUAAGAAAUCUUGCUGUGGGCAGUGGUACACACCUGUCAUCCCAGCACUCAGGAGGCUGAGCCAAGAGGAUCUCGAGUUCAGAGUGAGCCUAGGCUAGACAGCAAAGACCCUACCUCAGAGAGAGUGGGAGGGGAGACAGAAACCAGUUAUCUUGCACUGUAUUGUACAUAGAUUUUAAAAACCCAAGCUUUGGUGUUACUGUAAGAAAAGCACUAGAUGAUUUUAGAAUUUGUAUUUUUACUUUUAUUACCUAAUUUCUUUUGACACUUGAUUGGGAAGGAAAUUUGUUCAUAUUUUCCUACAAAUGAAAAGGCCAAUAUCCUGUGUUGCACAUUAAAAUUCUGAUUCAUUAAGGAAAUCAAGUAGGCAUACUGUGAGGUUUUUAAGUGAUUAUUAUAUUGGUUCUGAUCCUUAAAAAGACAAUUUUUAUUUUUGUUGUUGGAAUGCAAUAACGUUUUCCUAAAGAGAUUUCAAGCCAACUCAGCACUGGGACCUUGUCUGACCAUAGACUCAUUUUUACUCAUUUGCUGUUCUCAUAGGUAAAGCUUUGAAGAUUGUUAGAAGUCUGUUUUAUGUAACCAAACACACGCACAGAACUUUCUUCUCACUUCCUGUACGUGGAAGUCAGAACUGAGGCAGGGUUUUUGUUUUGUUUUGGGGGCGUUUUUUUAGGAGUACAGAAUUGUGCUAGUUAGGCCUUUGUUGUGCCUUACCGUGUUCUGUGUGUCUUUAUUUUGUAGAAAAAAGUAAAUAUUGAAAAUAAAACUUUAAAAGUUGAAUUUGGUGGGCAUAGUGAUGUAUAUCUUUAAUCCCAGCACUCAGGAGGCAGAAACAUAGUAAGACAUUGUCUCUAAACAAAACACCUGAACUUUCUUUGUAGCCAUAGCUAAGAUACGCUUUAUAAGAUUUAUUUUAUUGAGCUAUUUGGAGUUUUACCAAAAAGAGCUAUACAGCAAGAUUAAUAUGAUGAGCUGUGGAAGGAGAGUUUGUUUUACUUCGAGCACUUAACAGUCUCAAAGUUUGUUUUCACAAUUCUCACCGAACUCUUUUUCUGUGAUCAGUGCAAAUAGGAAAAUAUAUUUAAUUCUGUAUCAAGUAGAUUAUUUGGUUUUAUCUUUUAAGAAUGUACUAAGGAAAAUGUUUUCUUUCCAGUAGUUAAAAAAGAUAGCUUUUUUAAAAGGAUGUUUUUAAUCAUUGUAGAAGUGUGAUUUGUGUUUGGGGUUUCUUUUUUUUGUUGAGGCACUCUCACUGUGUAACCCAAUCUGAGUUUGAAUUCACCAUCCUCCUGCCUCAGCUCCACAGUGCUGAGGUUACAGGCAUAUACCACCUCUCCCGGCUCUGAAGUGUUUUGAAGAUUGCAGGCAACAUUCAUGACUCCGAAGCUCAUUUGCCGUGGUUCCUUGCCAACCUGGCUUCUUCACUAUGCCAUCUUUUCCCAGCAGAAACUCACUAGAGCGUUGUGACCUACAGUAUCACUUGGUUAUUUGAAGAUUUAAGUUGGAACUAAGACAUUUCAUGAAGUUUAGCCUAAGUUAAAUUAAACUCUUUAAUUAACAUGA